GCACCAUGGGCCUCCCGGAGACCUUGACGGCAGAGAUCGAGCGCAUCAUCUCCAGUCCUUACUCUGUAUCUCUUAAAAAACUUGAUGAUAUUCUGCUGCAAUGCGACGCCGUCGCCAUACGAACUUGGUCGCUGCUCUCCCCUUGCCAAAUACCCCAGCUGGUCACGACUGUAAGGGAAGCUCUACAAGUAUGGCCUUAUGCUCUGCGCGUGCUCCAAAAGCUAGCGCAAGCACGCUCUUUCCGCGACGCACUUUUAUUGCAAAACUCUGGGCUUUUGGAUGAUCUGCUCCGAAAAUCCUCUGGCCCCGAAAGUUCUAGGGAUGUGCUCAAUACAUGCGCGAUGCUACUUGCAGAUCCUUUACCGGAAUCCAUACCUCUCCCAUCGUCUGCCCAAAAGUUUUUUGUUCGUAUCUUUGAGGAAGCCCUCCAGGCAACUACUGAACAAAAUCUGAGCCUACUUCACUCCUUGCUUAGUGGCGCCUGCCGGGAGUUACUCAACAUCCUACCGCAUGAGCAGCUGGAUUAUUUCGAGGACAGGUCUUACGACCUUCUCAAAAUUACCGAGAACAGUCUGAACUCGAAAUUUCGCUUCUUCUGCAUCGGGAUUCUUCUGCCCUUCGUCGAGCCGAAUUUUACGAGGAUCACGUUGCCCACUUCUCCACUCGGCAGUAUACCGUAUUCGCAACCGGAACGCUUGGCGCCUGUGAAGGCAUUAGAUGAAGUUCCUCGUAUAUUUCGCGAGGGAGUGGCGCAUGUUACUGUCCAUUAUUUACUUCUUGGUCUUGUCAAUACCUGCAUUGAUGACAGGAAUGUUUUCGAUGACGAAACUAUUCGUAGCAUGAAAGUCGCGAAUGAGACUUUGACUGUCAUCAAACCGGAAGUACGCCAUACCUAUGCUCGUAAGAAUGGCUUCAUUGUCGAGAAGCUGCUCGCAAAAUUGUCGAGGCUUGACAAUCAGCCAAUGGCUCAGCUGCAGGGCUUGACUUAUAUCGGACUUUUGUACGAGAAUCACAAAAUACCUGCAGAUGUUGUAUUGGCUUACCAAAUGGCUCUUCUCGCAUGUACACAAGAGCCAGCAUCCGUCCUCUCUGACACUUUAAGCCUAUCGCUGCCUUGUUUUACACACCAAUUGACAGAGGAUUUUGUUGGCAAUGUAUUGCGCAAAUCUAUGGAUGCUGCCGUCAUGUCACAUUCACACUCUGCCGAGCUUGAGGGCUUGAUCAUCAUAAUCCAGCUACUCUCCGAGGGAGCGUUGAACUCACGUGCCUUCAGAAAGAGACUGUUUCUUAGUCUCUCAGCAGAAGAAACCAAGGAGCCCCUUGAAAACCUCCUCAAGCCAUCGCCUUCCAGCUCCUCUGCACUGUGUACCCGCCAAGGCAUCUGUCCAGUCGGAGUACUAAACACUGGCAGACGGCUGUGCUUGAGCAUGUGUUCUCUCCUUCUAAAGUCAGCUCUGGCUACACAGGCAGGUGAGGUUGGAAUAGACCUCUACGUUGGACUACACAUCCUGCAAAAGCAACAAGAAGUCACGCCACAACUAUCACCAUGCAAACAUUUCCAGGCACCUCCGCAGCACGCACCUAUAUCACUAGUGCAAGAAACUUGUACCCCUCAGACGCAAUCUGACAGCUAUAACUGGAGACAAAGGCUCGCUACGGAUCUGGAAAACCACGGCAAGCUAGAGAUAAACUUUAUACAGCGCAGAGUCGAUGAUGUAUGUCGGGACCUUGAGGCCAGGUGUGAGAAUAUCGAGGAACCUCUACAUCAAGAACAACAAAAAGUCCAAGAGCUGCGGCUUGAACUUCAAGCCAUGCACGAGAAGAGCGACAAACUAAAUGCUCACAUCCGUCAGCUAGAGGCUCACGAACUUGACCGUGACCUAUGCAUGGAGGGACUGGAAACUGAGAAGGCUCAAACUGAAGCGGAUCUUCAGCAUGUCACAAGUCAGAAGGAUGACCUCCUGAAGCAGCUCGACAACCUAUUCCAUAAGCAGGGCGAGGCAGAAAACGCACUCAUUAAAGCUCGCAAAGAGUACGACCAAAGUUUGUCACAAAUUCGCGCCCUUCUGACUGGCAAAGAAGUAGAAUGCCUGGAACAAACUCGGACCUUGGAAACAAUGCAGAUUGUCAUUGGAAAAUUGGAAACUGACUUGUGUACAACGAGAGAGGAAGUUCUUCGCGAGCGGAAUAUUUCGGAAGAAACCAAAGAAAAACUAGCUCAUACUAUUGGCGAGUUGGAAGAGGCGAGAGCUGUUCAUCUCCAGGCAAGAUCCGAUAUCGAAAGCCUCAACAGACAAGAGAGAGAUUUGGCUUGUCAGCUUGACUCAGUGAAGACCGCACUUGCUGAUGCAAAUGAUAAAGCGAUCGUCUGUAAAGCAGACCAUGAAAAGAUAGUUGCAGAUCGGGAAAGAGAUAUUGACACUCUUCGUAACCGUUACGAAGAAGAGCUUAAAAAGAUAAGCGAUGAAGCUUCUCAAUCACGGGGACGUCUUGAAAGGCGGCUGCAAGCUUUGAAGGACGAACUGGAAGACCAGGUCCGGCAACAAGAGGCGAUGUACAAAGAGCUUCAAGUUCGGGAUACUGAAAUAACAAAGCUCCAACAAGAGAUUGAGGUGCUUUCGGAUGCCCGUGACGAAGCAGAAGCUCAGCUUGAAGAAGCACAAGCAUCCAGGACCAGAAUGCGCAACGCUAUGGAAGCAGCACUGGAGCCACCGGUCAGGAUCACCUCCGGGCCUCAUGUUCCCAGAACAGUGCGGAUAGCACCGGUUUCGCACAGUACUAGUCGCCGCCGCACGUUCCAAGAAACGCGGUUGAACCAGGACUCCAGCGACCAUGGGGAACAUCCAGUUUCAGAUCACGCCAGACUUUCGCCAGAGAACCUAAUACCCCCAAGCAAUGAACCCUCGCCAAAGCGCUCAAAGUCACGGCAGCAGCCUUUCAAAGUGCCGACAGUAAAAGCGACUGCGGGUGAAAGACGGCGAUCUACAAGAUUGUCACAGAACAAAUCGUUCUCGACUACGAGUCCAAUCAAAAGAAAGCCGUUAGAAGACGUGUCGGCCGAAAGAGGCAACCUGUCGCAUGUUACGGUUGCCUAUCCACCUAAAAAAACCGCGAGAGAUUUGUAUCCAGAAGACGUUGAAGAGCCGCGCGAAAAGGAGACCACGCUCAGUUUUGACGAAAUGGAUCUUUCUUUCGAUGCGUCUGGUCUCUUAGCUGACGGUUCGCCUACCCAGGAUGAGACAAAUCAGAGCGAUGCACAGCCGAAUGAGGAUGAGACUACAGGCUAGUUUUAGUAGUGGAUAUUUUCCGACACAUGUUUCUGAAGGCGUUAUUCCAGUGACAGUCAUAGAGAGAAAAUUAUUGUUGUUGUGAUUGUAGUACGAGUUUUUUUAUAGGUAAGCAAGCGCUUGGAAGUUGGAUUACGUAGGCUGUGUAUGACCCGGAGUUUAGCAGUGUACACAGCGUUUGAUGGCAGUGAUGAAAAGAAACGCACUGGUAGCGAUUGGGCAGUGGCGACAGAG